CUGGACAGCCUCUCGCCCCCGACAUAUCCCAUAAAAGCCCGCUGCUACGCGACACGCCCGUGUUCGCGCCUCGGACUGCCUUCUUUCCAGCGACCCUGACUCAUCCGCGAGAGCCACCCGUCUAUAUAGCUUUCGCCGUCGCCUUCCUCGCCCAGUAGCAUCUCUCCAGACGACCACAAUGGCGACGGAGCUCGACACCAGUCUCCCCGUCUCCACCCUUCUUCGCCAGGCUACCGCCGCAGCCCACUCGACGGCCGAACACUCUCCGGGGGCAGGCUGGCUCGCCCGCGGCGAGCUUGACCGCGAAGAGUACAUCCGGUUCAACUUCAUGCUCUGGGCUGUUUACAGCACGCUGGAAGACGCUCUCGCAAAAUAUUCCACCAACUCGGUCCUCGCGCCCAUCUAUAACCCGGCGCAGCUCGCCCGGACGGAGCGCCUGGAAGCUGACAUCGCUUACCUCCUUGAAACCCUUCCUCUCCCUCCUUCUACCACCCCCAUUACUCCGGCCUCCUCCGCUUUGCUUCUCCCCCGGCCAGCCCCAGACGCCUGGUCCACCCACCCGCUCUACACAGCGUUUCUCGCCACGCCACCCGCCGCUCUCGUCUCCUACGCCACCCGCCUGAGUACGCUCGCUUCAUCAUCCUCCACCGCUCCCCUUCUUCUCGCCCAUGCCUAUGUACGCUACCUUGGCGACCUCUCGGGUGGACAGGUUAUCCGCCGGCGCAUAGUCAAAGCCUACGACCUUCCCGCCGACUCGGACUCUGGCUCGUCCUUCUACGCAUUUGGCGCCCAGGGCGACGCCGGGCGCGCCGCCGGCCUCGGCGACAUGAAGCGCAUCAAGGAGGCCUUCCGCGCCGGCAUGGACGAGGGCGUCAAGGACGACGCGGAGCUCAAGCGCACGCUCGCGCAGGAGGCAAACACCGCCUUCGCGCUCAACACCGGCCUGUUCGACGCCUUGCAGCCUCCGGCUAACGCAUCGACCCUCGACGCGCCCGAGAAGGAGCUUGACGGGUCGCUCGGCGUGCCGCUGUCGCCAACCAUCUCCGAGGGGCAGUUCGGUGGCGUCUUCGCGGGUCUCAAGACCAAGGUCGCGGACAUUUUCGGCUUUGGCCAGCAGGGCGACGUGAAGGCCUGAAAGUCUGAACAUUGAGCGCUAUCAUACGAUAUAUAUUCAUCCAUACACUUACUGUACAGGGGGGUUGGAUACUCGUAUAUGCAUUAGAUGCCUAUCUUUUCGUUAUGCAAGGUUUCCGAACUGGAAAAGCGGCGGGUGCCCCGCGCGCCCACCUUCGCUUGCACCCACGGUGACAUUGAUAAUCCAGCAUUUCCAGCCUCCACUGGUGCAACGCUGUUAGAGUGAUGUGUAAUGUUAGCGUGAGAACAACAUGUUAUAUUCCUGUAACAUAGG